AUGGAUAGAAAUCUCUUGUUAGAUCCUCAAUAUCUCAUUUUUGGUGCGUUUCCACCUGUCACAGCUGGGGAGCCCCUUGGGCGAGCGUUUCGUUGUGGAGCACGACGUUUGCAUGUAUCCAACUGUAGAAAUGCAAGAUGGCGUGACAGUUACAAAAUGGGCUAUAUCGAACCAGACUUGGGUGAGAAGAAACCAACUCAUAUUGUUAUCGGAGCCGGAUCUGCUGGUAGUGUCAUAGCAAAUCGUCUCACUGAAAACCCUAAUAACCGAGUGCUUUUAAUCGAGGCCGGUCCGCAAGAUUACUGUGGGAAACAACAUCCCAUUGGAACCACAGAGGAUGUGAAUGGAUUCAAACAAGAAGGCUUAGGGAACUUUGAUUUGACAAUAGACAAUGGAGUGAGCCGUGAGAAAAUUUACUGCGAAGGCGAUGUCAUAUUAUGUGGAGGUGCCAUCAACUCACCACAGUUGCUGAUGCUGAGUGGUAUCGGUCCAGCGGAUCACCUUAGAGCGCACGAAAUCCUGUCACGGUUAACUUACCGGGUGUUGGUGAAAAUUUGA